CUGUGUUCAAAGUGUAAUGUGUGUGUGUGCACUGGGUCGCUAAUGUGAACCAUAUGGAGCCCAGUUGUUGCUUAGUCAUGGACCAAAGAUUAAGUAGGAGGGAUUUUAGGGCCACAUGCUAUUGGUUGCUGGAGGAUGGAGAGGCUGUAAAAUUGAAGAAUAUCUGCUUUCAAUAGUUGAUUCCGUCUAGCUGAAGGGAACAGUACAGCCAAAAAGCUAUGUCUACCCAAACCAAGCCUGUUCUUCAUGGGUACUUCAGAAGUUCCUGCUCCUGGAGGGUUCGUAUUGCUUUUGCUCUCAAAGGUAUUGAAUAUGACCAGGUCCCAGUCAACCUAAUCAAAGAUGGAGGUCAGCAGCGUACACAAGAGUACAAGACAUUGAACCCCAUGCAACAAGUGCCUGCAGUUGAAAUCGAUGGCAUCACCCUGUCUCAGUCACUGGCUGUGAUUCAGUACCUUGAUGAGACCAGGCCAGGGGCUCGGCUUCUCCCAGCAGACCCAAAGAAGCGUGCACAUGUUCGGAUCAUAAGUGAUAUUAUUGCCUCAGGGAUUCAGCCACUGCAGAAUUUGUACGUCAUUCAGAAAAUAGGAGCAGAAAAGGUGCAGUGGUCUCAGCACUUCAUUGAUCGUGGCUUUCAAGCUCUCGAGCCGCUUCUGAAGCAAACAGCAGGGAAAUAUUGUGUGGGUGACGAGAUCUCCAUGGCAGACAUCUGUCUGGUUCCACAAGUCUACAAUGCAGAGAGAUUCAAAGUGGACAUGGAGCAGUACCCCACUAUCAAAAGGUUAAAUCAAACCUUACUUGAGAUUGAUGCCUUCAAAGUAAGCCACCCGUCUAACCAACCAGACACACCUGCUGACCUGCGUGCAUAGAACUCGACAGUUUCAAAUAACACAAGCAACUUUGUACUUUGUUAAAUAAAAUGCUUUGAAAGAAAAAUA